AUGAAUCGUGCAUUGAAUACUGGCUCAUUCAUUUAUGACAGACUUAUUUAUAACAGCCGUGUAAUUGAUGAUCAACUUUGUUGGAAGUUUUCAGAAAUACCAACAAUCGAAAUGUUCUUUUAUAACUUCAAUGAUAUGGCAGAGCGGGUUUACAAGCACAGAGUUGUUCAAGCAAUCGAAUUAAUGAUUAUGGAUAUUUUCGACGUCUUCUUUGAGAAAGUCGACAUUACAGAACUUACGCAGGAUCCAAAUGUCUUCGUUCAGUACGAUGACCGUAUCCUUUAUUCAGUAGAGUUGAACGAAUACGGAGAAAAAGCGAAAAAUAUCUCAGAUCGAAUCAUCAGACGCGAUCUUUACAAGUUUAUUGGCGAAGUACGUAUUGCUCCAAAGAAUUCUGGUGGAGAAAAGUACAGCCAACGCCAUCCAAAGAGUAUCGAAGAAGAUAUCGUCGAAAAAGUCGACGGAUUGACAACAGAUGACAUCCGUGUUGUAUCAUCUAGGUUUAGAUAUGGAUUAACACGCGAUCGCCAUCCUUUGCUUUGCAUUCCUUUCUGGAAAGAAGAGAAUCAAAAGAUUUUCCUUACAAAAGACCAAAUUUCUGCUAUCAAUCCUGAUUCUAUCUUAUAA